AUCUCCAUAACUGCCUCACGAGGAGAACCAAGGGAAGUGAGUUUUGACAACAGGUUGGCUUCUCAGGAUAUACUCUUCUGAAGAAAUUGUUACGAACCUGCUUUCCUCCUGGAAAAAAAGACAUUUAAGGAGCUGAAGAUGGCACAGAAGACAAAUAUGUGGCUAAGAACGAUGAUUUUUGGUGGACUCGUUUGUACUGGAAUAUUCUUGUUUUCAGGAGAUGGACUGAGAGAUGUUAUUCUUGGAAAACGUGCAUAUGACGAAUCAUCCUUCUUCUUUUAUUUGGAGAUCACCAAUCGAACAUUUGACAACUCUCUUCUGGAUCCAUCCUCCGACUACUACAAGAGUUUGGCAUAUGAGGUGGAGGACCUGAUGGAUACUGUUUUCAAUUGUUCCGCAUGCUCUACUAGUCAGGGAUAUGGAGGGACGUCUGACAUAUCAUUCAGCAAGGGCUCCUUGGUCCAUGUGAAGAUGACGCUGGAUUUCUACGACAUACCGAUCAAUCAGUUUGUCGUCAAGUUUUUCUUCCUUCGGGAGGUGAAAGCGAAUCCACCGAAAUACCUCAACAUCAACCUCGAUUACACAGAGAAUGUGCAGACGCCUGUGAUUGCUACAACUGAUGAGACACCAACCACACCAAUGGCAACCCAAACCACACCAAUGGCAACCCAAACCACGUCUCCAAUGGAGACCCAAACCACCUCUCCAAUGGCGACACAAACAAACAGUCAAAUGCCGACCCAAACCAGCCUUCCGAGUCCGGUAACACACAUGGUCAACAACAGCACAGUCUCCCACAGCAGCAGCCACCCAGCUACUCGGUCCACAAAUGGUACAAGUGGAUCCAGCACCAGCAUCCAACCAACUAUGCCUACAGGUCUUCCUCUACCGACAGGAGGGAGCGGCAUGUCAACCUCAGCCCAGGUGAUAACACCAGACCAUGGGAAGACUGCCACCAGCAGCAGCAGCACCACCACCACCACCGCCGCCACUGGGCCUGACUCAAGGCAGCGGCCAUAUUGGUUUGACUGGGUGCCAGGAUGGGCCAUCGCUCUGCUGGUGCUGGCAGCAGUCACACUACUGCUCCUCAUCCUCCUCCUUAUCGCUCUGCUGGUGCGAUGGUGCUGCAGGAAAGAGAAGAAGCCCAUGCCCGUGUCUGACCCCUACCCACCCCCUUUCAACCCCAGCUCAGCGCCUAGCUACACAUCUCACUCUCCAGCAUCUGCACCAAAAGUCUUGAGUGAAGAUCAUCCUGAAGCAAAGAGGAAUAGAACUGGGCUAUAUAUUGUGAAUCCCUGAUUCCACAGUAAAAAAAGAGAUGAUCACAACACACUGCAAACUUCCCAGAUGAACAUCAAGACACUGAUGUGAUGACCGAUUGGAAAGCAGAGUGGACACCGUGGAAAGCAGCUAAUUGUCCAUCUAAUGUAUGAACUGAACGUUGUGUAAUUCGAAAUGAAGUGCGGGUCAAGUGUUAA